AUGGCGGAGAACCUGAGUAUCGCCUUCGAUAUAUCGGAACAACAGUACUGGCUCCCCGGAGAACAUAUACGUGGGUCUGUCAUUAUCAAAGUGCCAUUUUCAACGGCCAUUUCCAGUGCGAGGAUUGACUUUGAAGGCUUGUCGCUGAUCCACACGACGAACAAUGACCGCAGCACGACGUUUUCUACACACAAAUUUCUCUACCAGAAUCACGAUGUGCGUUCUGUCACUAAAGUUAGCGAUGUGACCCAGAAGACUUGCCUCUCAACAUAUCGAAUCCCUUUUGAUUUCCUGAUAUCCAGCACAAUAUCAUCUGGCGCAGGCAAAUUGCCAGAUGGCGGUCUUGAGCUUCCCCCGACGAUGUUAAUCGGCAGACUUGUGUGGAGCCGCAAGCACGGCAGAGUCUUCGCGCAACCCAAUAUUUCUUAUCAUCUCGUUGCCAAAGUCGCGCUGGUUGACCAAUCGUCAUCAAACACACGGGUUCUAAGGGAAGAGAAGCCCAUCAAGAUCUGGAAGAGCUCUUCGAGCCUGCCGCCGAUCAGCCUGGGUGACUUUGCCGCAGAAUACAGAACCGUCGCCGAGACCCAGUGCGCUCUCCGAAGGCUGUUGGUAUCGCCCAAACUUCGCCUCACAAUAUCGACAACAGAGCCAGCUGCGGUAGCGUUCAGCUGUCGGAAUUCAGACCAGGUGGCCCAUGUCGACCUCAGCGUCCGUCUUUCACGCCCGGCUUCAUCACACGCGGACGAAGGUCGACUUCGAAGUCUCCUGGACCAAAAAGUCAAGAUCCAGGUCCAGGCUUGCCUGCGGGCCAAGACAUUCUACAGCCCAGUUGCGUUCGAGAAAUUCCCCGGCCAGACAAUGUUGACCCCAACCAGCAGUUGCCGGAUGAACGAUAAGGUGUUUCAGCUUGGUGCUGUAAUGGGUCUCCCCGUAGACCCCGCAGUGGCUGCCUGGAGGAGGCCUUCGAUUCAUUUCGAAGGAAGCACUCAUGAUGGUUCCUUCGCCGUGGGAGAAGAGAAAGAUGAAGAGAAGCGGGAGCUCCGCACCAGGGGACUAAGCGACGACGACGCACAUGCCUCGAAAGUCGACGGCGCUAUCUGGCACAGCCACUUCUAUUGCCCUCUCACCAUUCCGCACGGUCUCGUACCUACGUUCUGGAGCCCCACGGCGAGUCAACAGUACAGUUUGCUGUUAGGUGUGAAAGUCUUGGGCAUUAAAAGCCAGACCAAACUCCGGCUCGAAGUGCCUCUGCAGAUAUACUAUGAUUUGGGGCCCGUUGCAGCGCCCUGUGGACCGAGGUGUCGACGUCUAUUGCUGGGGAAUGGAGAGACGGGACGACCACAGAGGGAUCAGCAGGAGGGAGGGAAUGUCUCCACUACGAUUGUUAUGCACGAUGUGGGCGAGGGGAGCCCGCCUAUGUAUGUUUAA